AUGAUAAGAAAGCGUCAGGAACAGGACAGUGUCGGUGCUAACGCUGAUGCAUCACACUCUAAACGCGUAUCCCUGCGACGCGCAAAGUACCCGGUACCCGCCACUCCUCCGCCUCCACAUACAAUCACCAAGUACCAGAUACUGCACGCGCGACACACUCUCGCGUUCAGCCCCUCCCUUGCACCAGCGCGCGACUGUCGAGCCCACCCCGCCCGCCAACGCAUCUGGCUGUUGCUCCAUUGGUACCCAGCCCGGCGGGAGCAGGAUGAAACUCUCGCUCACACUGGAAAGGUUCAGAGUUGCAGCGUGCAGCGUGCAGGUCGCGAGGGCUACGAGGGCCGUGUGCCGGAGGGCUGGAGAAUGUCCGAUGCCCUUCCAAGGUGUAGCAUUCAGGGCUGGCCACCGUGUGCGAGUGAGCCUGAAUGUGAACCUGUCAGCCUUGAGACUCAGAUUCCUUGGAGAGGGAGAUCCUCCCUCUGGCUCGUGGACUGUGCCAUCCCCGUCAUUGCCAUACAUUCCAAAAUGGAAAAGGACCAAACUCCCUGUCGCAAGGUCUAG